AUGUAACUCUAGACUCUAGUUGACUAUGAAUUCGUAAAAUCUGUCAGUAGCACAUGUAAAUCUGUUCAAAAUUUUCCGUUAAUUUUCCAAGAAAUGUAACAAAUCAACCAAAGAUAAUGUCCGUUGUGAAGAACCACGAAGGUGUUGUGGUCCCAGUAACUCCAAUAAACUCCUCCGCCCUGCAAGCCCACGAAUUCCAGCGCGUCAAAGAAAAAGCCCACAGUUGGUUGGUGGCUGGCAAGCCAGUCCUUGGCAAAGAAAUGGACAGUGUCUUUUUCAACGACGACCGCUUUGAGCUCAUGGUCGACACUCGCGGCUUCAGACCUGAAGACGUCAAGUGCACCGUGAGCCCCAACGGGGUCGAAAUAGUCGCCUCCAGGCAGGAAGUGCAGGCCGGAACCCAGCGCAGCAUGUCCACCACCAGAACUUACCAAUUACCCCAGUUCAUACAGCCGCAGCAGGCAAUCUGCUGUCUGUCGAGAGAGGGAAUCCUGCUAGUUGCCGUACCUUGGCAGAGAUAACCUUUCACAGGAAAUAAAAAUAAAGCAAUUAA